AAAUAAAACUAGAAUAUAAUACGAUAUUGGACGAUGGAGACUCUGCGAAUAGUAACAACUUUGUCCCAUCUCAGAGCUUGACAUGAUGCUCUCCGGGAAACUUUUCUCAAGUAGACCAAUAUAUAAAACUAAACUGCGAAACGGAACUGAAACCAGCUUUAGGUAGAUAAAUUUACUUUUAUGAUUCUAAUUAUCGAGUAAUUUCAUUUAAAGUAAUCACCGCGUGUCUAUUUUUUAUUCUACAGUAUAUCAACACGACAGGGGCAAGAGUUUGUCUAAAGGAAUUGUAUGAGUCUAAAUAUGAUCCGCUCUCUAUACAAUACAUGGUCUUAUCAGGUGAGGAGGUUUGAUCUUGAAAAAUAAUACUUAAUAAGAAAGCACAGAGUGCAUGGCCGUAACUUAUAGAAAUAAAAAGACAAGAUAAAAUGCUAUAGAAAUGCUAUAAGUAAGACAGCCACGUGCAGCGGGCGAUUGACUCUCGCUCUCCGCGAGUGUUUUUAAAGGGAACCUCCACUUCAACGAAAAGAUAACUUUAAAUCACAGGAAAUAACUGUUACAGUCAAGUCAAUCUAAAAUAUUUUUAAAGUAAGCGUUUGUAUCCGAAAGAAAUAACUUUUAGAUUCGCCUAUUUUUGUUUUCAAAUUUUGCGGGCGUCGCCAUCUUGAAUAAUUGUGAAGUGUUACGGUUGCCCUAUUGUUAUUAAACAAAAGCUCUUUGCGUCAGAACAACAGAGCAACCGUAACACGUCACAAUUAUUCAAGAUGGACAAAUUUCGAACAAAUUUGUUCAUCAACAUAAUUUUAUUCGAUUUAAACUUAUUCUGUAGUAAGAGUGGAGGUUCCCUUUAAGAAGGGUCUGGAUGGGGGAGUACAAAUGUCAGUUGUCAGUUAAAAUUUCGGCCAUUUGUCAGCUGUCAGUUAAAUUUUAGGCUUUUUGUCAGUUGUCAGUUAAAUGGUUAUUAAUGAUUAACCAUGAAACUUAUUUCUAUAUUUUUGAUGCGAAACUUAGCUUAAAUGGCACAUAUAAUGUAAAAAAAACAUUAAAUUCGAAAACUGAUGCAACAGUACCUUAAUUUUUAUCAGUUUUGCUAUUGCAAGCAUUUCAAGUGGCCCUCGUUUUCUCAAGUCUUGUGUUGCUCUCUUCCACUCGAACGCUUUUGCUGGCCAGAGUCCAACAUUGUCAACCAUUAAGCCAAUCAAAAUUAUACCUUCAGAAUAUUGUAUACGCAUUAUGCGUGAGUCUUAAGCCUGUGAACUAAAGACAUCGAUCUCACCCAUCAAGGACAAUUUCUCACGCCUGACUCACAAAUCCGGACAAACUGUUCUUAACACAUGAUGACUUUGUGUCCUUUUUUGUGUUCUAACGAAAUCAUAUCAAAGCACGCUAAAAGUGUCGUCUUUUAAAUAGCUUCGAAAGUGCUCAAACGUCUUCUGAAACAUCUGCGGACAUUUAAUUUUCGGCAACGUUCGGAAGUCUUCGGUAAUUUAUCGGAACUCCUCGGAAGUCACUGGGACGUUUCCGGAAAUCUCGGUCAUGACAAGGUGAAAAUCUCACGCAUUUACCUCAGAAAAAGCUGGCAGGUAUAACAUUGGGACGUAGAUCGUAAGAAGACCAAGAAAACCGUCUCUGAAUUAUCUCAGUAAAAACUUGCAAUUGCCUUUGUAACGCCGUCAUUCUGAGCAGCCAUCGUAUGCUGGCGCGUUCUCAGAGAAUCGUAAAUUUGAGAUCAUAGAUCAUUUAUAACAGAUGGUACAUGACACACAUGGGUUUUACAGUAAAAUCAUUAACGAAAUAGAAAACUUAAGCGUGUUGCUGCUAAGAUUACUCCUUAAAACGCACAUUAGAUCACAUUUUCUGAUGAAAAGAGUGGAACAAUGCUAUUUAAGGCCUUAAUAACACGAUUUGUAGAGAAUAAGGGACAAUCAGGUCCUUGGUCGGUUGACAGAAAAACCCAAGGCAAAUUUCAGUAAUCAGUUAAAUUUUCGGGUAUUUGUCAGUUGUCAGUUGACCCCAUCCAUACCCUCUGAAAGAUACUCAACGGAUUUGAGGGUGAUUAAUUUUUUAACAUUUGACAACUACUUUUACACUGUGCCUGCUUAUAUGUCUGUGGGAGAUAUACAAGACAUAUCGAGAAGCUGUUAUUUUGACCUGUAUUAGUUAUUUCUUUGCUAACUUUAAAGGGGCACAGUCAACUGAUGCACAUUUACAUAAGAUACCAUUUCUUAGCUAAUUUGCAUAUCACAAGACUAGUACGUAAAACAGCAAGUGAGAAGUGCAUCCUUUGAAAUAUGUAAAAAAAAAAAAAAAACUUUGUGGAGUCGAACUUUACAAGUCAAAAUCGUAAUAUAGACACUAAGGUGUAUCAGAGCAUUCGUAUUUUUAUGUAUCAUUGAGAAUUCACCAAUGGACUUGUCCAGGGAAAGCCAAAUAUCGACAGAUACUUUUUAGAAGAAGUAGAGGUGGGAAAUGGCACAAAGUCUAAAUCAUUAAUAAUGGUUUACACGUGAUGUCCGGCGGCCAUGUUGGUGGUCAAGAACAAAAGCAAUUCUCUCCUCUGGGAACUAAACAAUAAAAAUGCUCCAUUUUAAGGUAAAUUCUUCGAGAAAAAUUCUGUUGUAUUGACCCCCAGCAUGGGUCGAAAAAGUUCGAUUUUCCAAAUAUAUGAAACCUUUCUCCAUCAAUUUCCCAAAUAUAAAUAACGAUUAUUUGCUCUGCAAUGUUUUUGAUUCGUUUCUCUUGUUAUUGGUAAGCGAAGGCGAUUUCUCCCGCUCGGCGCCUACACCAUGCCUACACGUUUUUCAUGUCCCUUUGGAUACUGUUUUUAAUAAAAUGUGAUAAAAAAAACGUUGUAAGAUGAAUACCAGUUUACUCGUCAAGAGGUUUUCAGUAAGAGAUAGAAACAUUACGCAAGAUUGAAGCGGAUGUAUCCGACGCAUUCCGUACAUUUGAUUUUGGGUUGAGGUAAACGUUUUUCAAACUGGCAAAACUAGUGUCCAGGUCCGCGCGGUCCCAUAGAAGACUGUGUCCCUUUCAAGUUACAUAACAAAUAAGAAAGCGUGAUUGGCAAUUAAUAAACUGACUUUGAAAGACAGUCAGCAAAUCAGGUUUUGCUUUGCGCAGGUGAAUAUAAAAGGUCCUUUGCACCAAAAUUAAGACCCUUAAUUUCAAUCAUUAUCGGCCAGCAAUUAUUAAGUUAGAGCUACUUGAGGAUUUUGGUUCUUCUCUGCGAAGCGACACUGGCUGAAGCGAGGACCAAAAGCCCUUUUAAAAAUAGCCAAGCUUUAUAACUUUGUCAAAAUUCGCACUGCGCUUUGAACCUGCUUGGAUGGCGCAGCGAGGAAUAAAAACGAUUUGUUUUGCCCCCCGUUUCGGAGAUCAUGAAGAAGUGCUUUUAGCGAGGAAUUUCAGUGGGAAAAUUGAUAUAAAUUGCGAGACACGUAUUUCUAGUUUACUUUAGUUUUUUUGUCGGAGAUAUUUUCAUAACCCAUGCAAAUUUUGCCUGAAAUAUUAUCUCAAAUAACUCAUCUACAGAUAUAUGCAAGCCAGGGUGGAGCUACUUUGGCGGUUACUGCUACAUCACAAGUCAGGCGUGCACUACAUGGCUGACCGCUGUAUCAAACUGUUCUACCAUGAGUUCGAGUCUCGUGACGGUCCAUAACCAAAACGAGAAUGUUUACAUCCAGCACCGCCUCAACGGCGAAAAAUCCUGGAUUGGACUCAAUGAUCGGAGCGUGGAAGGAUUAUUUGUCUGGUCUGACGGAGAAUCAAGCAGAUUUAGGUUCUGGGCUAGAAACCAACCAAAUAACUGGAAAAAUGAAGACUGUGUGCACACUCUAGGUUCCAGGCAUGGAUAUACCUGGAACGACGUACCGUGCGAUAAAUGCCACAAAUUCACUUGCUAUACGGGUAAUAUUGAUAGAAUGUUGAUAGAACCUGCCGGUAUGCAUGCAUACACAUUCAGUGAUGUUGCGUUGGUAACAUGGCUUUUAUAAAUUUAAAAUAUUUGAUUGACUGGUUCACCGGUUGAAAUUGUGAAGACAACAUCAAGUUUUUGUGUGUGUGUGUGUGUGUGUGUGUUAUAUGAUAGCAAAAUUAAAACAACAGCGGUGAUCAUUUUAGAGCAGUUCGAUUAAUAAUCUUGAAAACACUCAGUGUUCAAGGAGUGCAAUAAAUUGGCCGUUUUCCCAUUGGAAUAAGUUUCUUAGAUACACUUUUCCAUUUGACUUACUGCAAGUUGGAGCCACUGAAAUAACAGCCAAUAAGUUAAAGAUGUUAAAAGAUUAACUUAAAGUUGUUUCCAACGUAGUCCCUUCUAUAACAAAGUUCUUUGAUGUGAUUGGCUAUUAUCAGUACUCGUAAUCGCGCGAGAAUGGUAACAGUGCAUAAAAGUUCUUGAAUGGGUUAUUAAUUUUUACGCAGGGGCGGAUCUAGGGAGAGGGUGCAGGGGUUGCGCACCCUCCUCCCCCCUGAGAUUACCUGCGGUUUUCUAAUACAACUGGUAUUCUGCAAAAAAAAACUAUGUGGUUUAUUGGUGUUGAAGUAGAGCAAGAGACGAGUGCACCCCCUCCUAAAAAAAUCCUGGAUCCGCCCUGGUUGCGUCUGGGCGAAAAAUCUCCAAGGGGGGAUCUUGUGUUUGAAUGAAUUAAAGCUUGAAAUUAUCACUUUUUUUCUCAAUUCGUGUCAUCCAUAUCGGUCUAUUAUCCUACUUCGUAUUAGGCAAAUCGCUGGCCCCGUGAGUACUCGUCCGAUUUUCAUACAUGCAUUAAUCAGUCGAAUAUUUGUAAACCAAAUUGGACUCCACGGUUAUAUUGCCAUUAUUAGAAUGCACUCAGUCCGACGUACGACGUUAAUUUUUUUGUCGUCUAUGCUAAAUUAGCUAGUAGAUUUGCUCAUGUUCAUACCUUCCCAUCAAUAAAAUUUGUUUACGGGGGUUGAUUUUGCACUCACUUAUAGUAAAUACAUUUAUUUUUAUCUACCUUUAUGAAUUUGGUGUUUAUUUCGCAUAUUCUUUAAACUUUGAUGAAUGUAUUUCUGAUUUAAAUGACUGCGACGUCAAUGCUGUUUGCCAAAAUACCGCGGGCUCAUACACCUGCACGUGCAAAACCGGAUAUACAGGAAACGGACGAACCUGUGAUGGUAAGAAGGGAAACUUAGCACUGAACGCCAUUUAGAAACACACUGAAAAUUCUCAACGCUUCGAAACCAUUAGCAAACUGCGUAAUUUGUGAAAAUUGAUCGUAGUAAUUAGUGUCAAAAAGCAGAGAAAAAAACAAAAUGGGACGAAUAUCGAACUCAGAUCUAGUUUAAUUUGAACGCCAAUUUUUUUUGGAAUUUGUCACGAAAAAUGACGACGCUUUCAUCCGUGCAGUUUUGAACAUUUCCUGGCUUAACUACUUUUUAAAUUCUAUCUUAAGGUCAUUAUUAAAAGUUCUUUAUCUGUUGUGUUUAUGACCUCUUUAGACUUAAACGAGUGUUCAAGUAACUCUGAUGACUGUGAUGUCAAUGCAAUAUGUCACAAUACCGUUGGGUCCUACACAUGUACCUGCAAACCUGGAUAUAUAGGAGAUGGACGAACUUGUCAUAUACGUCCUGGUAAGAUAAAUCAACUGGAUCAUGUAUAAGAAAAUCCUGGAUGUUAAGUAUAAAUUAUUAUUUCGUCUUAACUGAAAAGUGGGUUGGGGCGAUUUGAGGGCAGCAGUUAAUCUUGGGAUUUAAGUAUAUUAUAGCGGAGCUCGCGCGCGCGAAGCGUGCGCAGCACAGCGCCAACACCGCGGCAAAACGCAAUGCGCAUGAGCACAAAAUUUGACAUCCGGUCAGCUUUUUAUUUCCGGUCUAGUAUAUAAACCGAUUGCGUAAGCAUAACAUUGCCGUCGCACCAAGUUUAAAAGCAAAAAGGAAGAAACAGACAAAAAAAGGGGACGAAAAACUUCACUUCAUUCGAAAGUUUAAUAUUUUUCUAGCGUCAAACUUUUGCACCACGUGGUUAUCUGUCUGCACCAACGGUGAAAAUGAUGUUUGAAGUUUGCAGGUCGCGAGCGCUCGACAAGACGAAUUUGUUUUUACUGGCUUUCUUGCAUGCUACUGGUUUGGCAUAACUUAAUUUGGGAGAAGGCGACAACUACGAAAAGAAUAACAAUACUUAUGAAAGAAACCAAAAUAAAGACGUCAUCAUUAUCAUUAACACUAAAACCAGGAAAUAAAAUUCUAGUCCGUUUAAUAAUUUUUUUUAGUAUCAGAGAAAACAAGAACUCAAAACAAAAGAUGGGCAGGAUUUAAUAAGAACUUCGACUUUGAUGACUGCAGUCACGAACAGCCGGAGUUUUCAGUGCCGGGAAACUAAACAUGCCUAUAAAUGACUUUCAUUCAAGAAAAUGCCUAUUUAAUUCUUUUACAUGGUUGUUCUUAGGUUGAAGACUUCAACAAUUACAGACUUUACGGAUGGGCUGCAUCUCAUGUAAACACGAAACUUCCAGCUGCUAAAUACAUGGCAUGAAAAUUUCGACUUCUAAAAGCCAUCGAACCAGCUUUCGCUCUCUGAUUCUGAAAAUGAAAAAAAUUAAUAGAGUUGUCAACUUGCUGCCAUCCUCAACAGUAUAAUUAAGCUUAUGUUUCACGGCAAUCAACUCAGAAGAGUUCCGUUUCAAACCACGGUAAAACUCACUGGUAAACAAAACUACAAAGCGAUUAUGUGUCGUCGUAUUCCAAAUAAAGCUCGAAUCGGCUUUAAGACAUGAAGACUGAGAAACUGAAGAACUGAAAAUUAGAACUACAAAACACCAAAUUGCAAUGAUAGCUUUUUAUGUCUUAGUUUCAGCCAGGUUAUAAAGUGAAAAAUAACAGUCAAAAACUUUGUUUUCGUGAAUGAAAAUCAGUUUACCUGACGCUCUAGCCAAAACUACACACUGAGUUAUUAUCAUCUUACCUUUUGUGAAUCUAAUGGACUAAUCGUUUCAGUGAUCUGUGCCUGGUUAUCCAUAAAAGCAAUUGCAAUAACCACAAAAUAGUCAAAAACACGAGCAGCAUGAAGCAAAACACAGGGGCACCCAACGUUAAUUCUGGGAAAAUAUCUGUUCGGAAGACGAUUUGAGAUCUAGAAUUUUCGGAACGUUUGUUGUAAAAUUUCUUGCUCGCCUGCCUCUCCUAGGAUUUUCGAACAUCUGAAAAAUGGUAUAAUUGCCCAUUUUCACGGAUUUUUACCCUAAAAAGGUCACCUAGAAUUCUCGGGAGCCUUUUUUUCUGGCAGAAAUUUUCGAAAAGGUAAGUUUUGAUCCCUAUAAUUUUCGGAUCACUAGACUUUCAGCUAGGAAAUCCGAACAGAUGAAAAAUUUUUAGUGGAUGAAAAUAUGCCUGUAUCUACCGUUUUUAAACGGUAGAUAGAUUUAAACUAUGCUAUGUUUAAGUAGUUUUGAACUAUAUUCUCGUUGGGUGCCCCUGAGAACAACUGAACCGCAAGCUGCACACAGAAUGAAGCCGACUUUGAUCUGACUGGAAAGUGUGACCGAAAAAUAGACCAGAAAUGCUCAACCUGGCGCAUGCGUAGACGUUUUGCCGCGGUGUUAACAGCGCCAAGGAUAGUUAACAAUGGCAACUUACGGAUGCGAGAAAUUUGGUGAUGGCAUGACCUACCGUUUGUCCGUCCCCUACAUAUGAGCCAAUGUAUAAAAUGUCACACUAAAAUGGCAAUACUCUGUCAUUUAUAUACGUAAUACAUGUGAAGGUAAAUUGACAGUUGUCAUAAACAAGCAUCCGCUGGCAAAUAUCACAUGUCAUUAUCGAAGAUCUAUCCAUUCGUUUCUAAAGGUAGGCCGAUGUUAAAUGUCACGCUUACCGACAUUAGCUCAGGCCUUCUCGAUUUGUAUUGGCAGCGAUGGGAACUUUUCUCUCUCGCUCGUUGUUUAUUAUUUUAUUUGUUUGUAGACCAUUAUUGCGGGCGACAAGAGGAGCCUGCAGACUAUUCUUGGUCUUGAGGGCAAAACAAUAUUCAUUGAGGAGUAUAGUACAGCAUGGUUCCCAAUCAAUGGAUGACAAAAAUAUACCAAGCAUCUAUCAAAUAUCACAAUACGAUAUAUCUAUUCGGCGAUACCAAUCAGUGUGACCCAGUUGAAAAGAGCUCACAAAUCCUCUACAAUUAUCUUGAAUCUGAAACCAUAAAAAAAAAAAAAUGCCCAGACAGAGUAAAAUUGGAAUACAUAGAGGGCUGUUCACGGUAUGAUACAAAAACACGUGAUACACUGCGCAAAUUCCUGAAAAUCUGAAAAGUACAGCCUAAUUUUCCUGCUAUUGGUAAAUACUAUAGGAACAUAUAUUGUAUCUCAACAAAACGAGGAAAAUUGCCAUAUUAUUAAAUACAAUACAUUGUCAUUAUCAGCAGCUUCUUGGUCGUUUACAACGAAUGGACAAGGGCGUUACGGCAGCAUUCAGACUUUCACAGUGCCAAAAACCACUCGCUAUCGAAUCAGAGCCUGGGGAGCUCGAGGAGGAACGCACUCCACAAACUAUGGAAGUUAUCCCGGAACUUACUACGGUGGAAAAGGCGCAUACAAAGAGGGCACGUUUACCUUGAAUAAAGGAACUGUACUAAAUAUUGUGGUGGGACAAAGAGGAGGAGAUUCAGUGGAGGUAAAAGGAGGACGGUCCACUACCUUGACAGCUGCUCAGCUGGGACUGUCUGUAGAGGACAAUGCUGGUACCGGGGGAGGCGGAGGGAGCUUUGUUUAUACAACACGUAACGUGCUUUUGUUAGCUGCCGGAGGGGGAGGGGGUGCAUCUAGUGGGGAUAACGGGGUGGAUGGUCAGUCGGGCACUAGCGGCACCAGUAGCGUUGGAAAAGAUUUUCGUCAGGUUCGUAGAGGAGGAUCUGGAGGGAGUCCUGGUCAGUGUAACAGUGUAGGCGCUAGUUACCAUGGGGGAGUGGGUGCGGGAUGGUCAGGCCAAGGUUGUUCCAGGGCCGGGUCCGAACAUGGUGAAAGAGGCGGCUCACGUGCUCAGGGCUGGGUAGGUGGACGUGCUGGAAUGAUGAAUAGUGGCAACAACGGAGGGCCUCCCCCUGGGGCUGUAGGAGGGUUUGGCGGUGGUGGAGGAGGAUCGGAAGAUAAUGGUGCCUCAGGAGGAGGUGGGGGGUACUCUGGGGGAGGUAGCGGAACACACCCAAACCAAGCAGGCGGGGGAGGGGGCUCUUACUGUAGUGGCUCGAAUUGUUCAGGCGUGAGUGGAGGUAACUCAAAUGACAACGGACUUGUAAAAAUCGUGGAAUUGUCUGUCUAA